CAAAACUGUCGGGCAAAAUUAUCAGCUGUACAUAUUGCAUGUUUUUAAUUUUAGUAUGAACAGAUUUUUAACUUUCGCCUCUUUACGCAACAUUUUGAGAAUUCGUAUCUGUGGCUCUUUGUGCAGCGCUUCAUAUGUUUAUUGUUGAGCGUUAGCAAGUUAGCCAGUUGUGCUCACAGUACAAUAAGAACCGUAGAGAGUGAAUUUGCAUCCCUUUAAUCAUAAAGCUCGAAAAACAUGGAGCAAAAGAUUCCAUAUGAUGACUGUCAACUACCAGUAGUCUUUCUUCCGUCCUAUGAAAACCCACCUGCCUGGAUCCCUCCACAGGAGAGGAUACAUCACCCUGACUAUAACAACGAGCUCACUCAGUUCCUGCCUCGCACUGUAGUCUUAAAAAAGCCCCCUGGUGCACAACUGGGCUUCAAUAUCCGUGGCGGAAAGGCCUCACAGCUUGGUAUAUUUAUUUCUAAAGUGGUACCAGAUUCUGAUGCCCAUAGGGCUGGACUUCAAGAGGGUGAUCAGGUGCUUUCUGUCAAUGAUGUGGAUUUUCAAGACAUAGAACAUUCAAGGGCUGUGGAGAUUCUAAAGACAGCAAGAGAGAUUUUAAUGAAGGUUCGCUACUUCCCUUACAAUUACCAGAGGCAGAAGGAAAGGACUGUACACUAAGUGGCAGAGCUGAGCCUCAUCAGAAUCAGAAUGAGCUUUAUUGCCAAGUAUGCUUACACAUACAAUGAAUUUGUCUUGGUGACAGAAGCUUCCAGUGCACAAACAAUACAACAACAAGACAGAGAUAAUAAUAAAAAAAAUAGAAUAAAAAUAAAAAGUGAAAAGAAAAUAUAAGUAUAUAGAAAUACAUACUAAGCCUAUAUAUAUAUAUAUAUAUAUAUAUAUAUACACACACACACACACAUAAAUAUUACAAAUCUGUUAUAUGCAGAUGCAAGGGAAUGUAAUGGCAGAAGAGGUAGGAUGUGUUGGAUGAAUAUAAAUAGACUAAGCUGUGUAUUGCACAUAAUUAUUGUUCAGUGGGGCAAUUUAACUGUUCAUAAGAUGGAUAGCCUGACGGUUCUGGUGCUCAGUGCUCUGUAGCGCCAUCCAGAAGGCAACAGUUCAAAAACGUAGUGGGCUGGGUGAGUGGGGUCCAGAGUGAUUUUUUUCAGCCUUUUCCUCACUCUGGAAGUGUACAGUUCUUGAAGAGAGGGCAGGGGGCAACCUGUAAUCCUCUCAGCAGCCCGAACUGUCCUUUGUAGUCUUCUGAUGUCCGAUUUCUUAGCUGAACCAAACCAGACAGUAAUUGAAGUGCAGAGGACAGACUCAGUGAGGAACAAGUGAUGCAGCUGAUGAGGAUUUGGUGCCUUCCUCCCACUAAUUACUUUCGCUGACUAAAACACUGUCCAAAAAAAUUAUUUCCAAACACUCAAGGGUUCGUCUGAAGAUUCAGCACUUUGAAUAAGCCAGCUGUGUAGAUUCAUACAUGGCUUUUAACUGAUUCUUUACGUAUGUGUCAAAGCCAUGGCCUAGCGUUUGGCAUAUGUGCUACAAUGUUGAGAUGCUCAUGAAAGUGACUCAAGUUUAAAUCUAGCCUGCAACAUUAUCUGACCCUGUGCCCUCUCUCUGCCCAUCAUUUCCAAUCCUUUCUCUACUCUCCUCACUAAUCAAAGUGGCAAAAGGGCAAAUAAAGCUAAACCUUUGAGGUUAGAUUCAAAAUCUGCUUUAUUUAGACUUUCCCCAUCUUUGGGGAAAAUAAGCAUAUUCUAUGACAUGCAUAUUAAAAGUAUGGUAGAAGUGUUAUUUAUUGAGUGAAAUUACUGUAUACAGUGAUAGGGCACAUCAAUAAUAAAUUAUGGUCUGCUGUGAGUAUUAUUAUCAGUAAUAUCAAUUUCAGACAUUUAUUAAAUGAAACCGAGAUUAAAGUCCAAUAUGUAAUAUUCUUCAUAUGAUCUAUUUCAUCUUAUUUUGUGAUUACAUUUCAGUUGUGCAAUCUGAAGCCAAGUAAUAAAUGAUUGCAUCAGUGAAAUGCAUUUUGAUGUCCUGCUGACAAAUAUGUUGCUACUGACAAGUGUAAUUAAAUCAGUAUCCGUAACAAGAAAUGUAACAUAAAAAAAAUAUUGUUUUUAUUUUUAAAUAAAUGUGUGGAGUCACAGAAAGUAAAAGACAAUGCGAGAAGAGAAUAUGUUGUUGCAGGACUUAGUAUUGUUUUCAAACUAGUUACUGUGGCAAGAUUACAGUUAAAAUGUAAGGUAGUGUGGCUAUGUUAAUGAUGUAUCUCUGCUAGUGAGCAGUUUAAUGGUAGUACUGGAAAUACCAAGUACAUUUAGGUUUUACAUUAAACGAAUUUACUGAAUGACAUCAUUAUACAUUUUGCAAUGUGGAACACCUGGACUAAGAUGUUUUGUUAGGCAAAUGUAAAUAUACCUAGCUAGGCAUUGAUCAAUGGUCAUGUGAGCCAACAUUAAGCAGUGUCAUUAAUAACCCUACCAAAAUUCUUCAUUCUUAUUGUAAAAAAAAAAAUAAAGUCUUCAAAAACA